UUGGACGGCAGGGCUGCCAUUUUACGCACAAUCUCUCUGUUGGCAUCCCGCCGGCUGUUGGCGCACUGCUGCAGCCUCCUGUCUCCGCUCCCUGCGUGCCGACAGAUGGAUGCGACAGCGACGCGCACCAUCACCUGCAGCGGCACACUUUCACUUAAAUAUCGCAUGAGGAUUCUUCUUUUUUAAUUCAACGUUUGUCUUUUUUUUUUUUUUUACCUUUCCAAUGGAUGUUUACGCCUCAGCGUUGUCACCGGCGCUGGACAUUGGCACGGGCUGCUACCUGCUGGUUUUAACUGUACUCUCCAUUGUGGGAAACCUGCUUGUCCUCAUCAUGGCGUUUAGAAGAUCAUCAAGGAUGAAGCCACCAGAGCUGCUCAGUGUGAAUUUGGCGGUGACAGAUCUUGGAACAGCCAUCACCAUGUAUCCCUUGGCCGUUGCCUCUGCAUGGAGCCACCACUGGCUAGGUGGAGAUGUUUCCUGCAUUUACUAUGGCCUGGCAGGCUUCUUCUUUGGCAUUGCCAGCAUCAUGAACCUCACCAUCUUGGCCAUUGUGCGCUUCGUUGUGUCCCUCAAUCUGCACUCUCCAAAGCAGAAGAUCAGUUGGAAGAAGGUGAAGAUACUGUGUAUGUGGACCUGGCUGUAUGCUCUGAUCUGGGCUCUGCUCCCUAUUCUGGGCUGGGGCCGGUACGGGCCAGAGCCCUUUGGCUUGUCCUGUUCACUCGCAUGGGGACAAAUGAAACAUGAGGACUUCUCUUUUGUCAUUUCUAUUUUCUCUCUGAACCUGCUCGUGCCUUGUGUCAUCAUCAUUUUCUGCUACUUUGGCAUUGCUUUAAGGCUGUAUUUCGCCUACAAGAAGUCGAUGAACAACAACCAUGUCCCCAAUAUCAUCAAGCUGCAUCGAAGGCUUCUAAUAAUCGCUGUUUUGAUCAGCAUUGGCUUCAUAGGCUCCUGGGCGCCCUACGGCUUAGUAAGCCUCUGGUCUGUUUUGAAUGACAGCAGCAACAUCCCGCCUGAGGUCAGUUUGCUGCCUUGCAUGUUUGCGAAGAGCUCCACCGUGUACAACCCUUUGAUCUACUACUUCUUCAGCCAGAGCUUCAAAAGGGAGGUGAAACAGCUGUCGUGGCUGUGUCUCGGCUCCAAUCCAUGCCAGGUUUCCAACAGCGUAAAUACAAACAAUAUUUACAUGGUUAGUGUUAACGUCAAGUCUAAAGAAGUAGCACCGGAAACUUUGCAGGAGAUCACACAGUCAAGACAAUGACUUUGGGGUAAAGGAAUUGGGACAUACAUGAAAAAUAAAACUGAGCUGAGUUGUCAACUCUCAUAAUUUUGGAAUAGAAAAAAAAUAUUCUGGCUUUUCUUUGUUAUAACCAGGUAACUGGGUCCUUUGGUAGACAUGCGUGAUGGAUGAAAAGCCCCGUGUUAAAUGCUCUGAAUGUUCAGCCAACAACCAAUAUAAAACAGUGUUCAAUUUAAGCUUUGAGAUGGCACCCGGAAAGACUUCUGAGUAAAACAAAUUUAUAGAGGAAACGAUCACAACCAACAGGUUUUAGAUUUAGGGUAUGUUUAAAGUCACAGAGCCGCAUGGGAAAGAACCCGAGGUUUAAAAGUGAUAGAGGGUGAAGAUGUUAAUUAGCAAAGGUUCAAAGCCAGAUGUUGUACAGAGAACUAUGAUAACCUUUGCACAAACCAGAGAGAAAGUGACAAUGUUUACUUUAUGGACUUCAGUUUUAUGUGGUGAAGGAAUUGUGCUUCUAUGUGCAUUGUGUGUUUCAACCAUAACUGGGCUGUUCUUGAAGGUCACACAAAUUCUAUCUCCCAACAGCGUACAAGAACACAAGAUUGUAAAGAAGCUGCUGUUUUUCUGUGUAAACCUUGUAUUAUGAGGUGUAAAUGUACAGUUACUUUCAGAACAUGAUUAUGUAGCUUUAAAAGCACAGUCUAAAACAGAUUUGUGAUAAAAAUGUAUCUCUACUCUUGCAAACUUUGGAAAGGCAUGUUUGCUGAAGCUAGUUCUGCAGAGCACAGUUUAAGGGUAAAGAGGAAGAGGAACAUAGAGGACUCAGUGGUUCUGAUUCUAUAUCAGGUUUUUAUCCAAAAACUAUGAGAUAAUGGUCGAAACCCACACUUUCUUAGUUUUAAAAUAGAACAGAAAAGAUUUUAAAAACCAUGCAUCAUUUUCUGUCCUCUUAACAUUUAUGCACUAUAUUGCUUUGGUCUAACACAUAAAACCUAAUAAAGUAUACUGAGGUAUUUGUUUUAAUGUGACAAAAUAACGAAAAGAUCCUUGACAGGACACUGUAUAACGGCAUUCUAUAUUGCUUAAAAUUAAAAAAUACUUUGACCAAACAAACCCAGUAAACAUAACUAUUGUAGAACUCGUACUCGUCGUCUUCCGCUUUAUCCGGGACCGGGUCGCGGGGGCAGCAGGCCAGCCGAGAGACAUAGUCCCUCUAGCAUGUCCUGGGCCGUCCCCUGGGCCUCCUCCCGAUGGGACGUGCAUGGAACACCUCCCAAGGAAGGCGUCAAGGAGGCAUCAGAUAUAGAUGAACAAGACCCGAGAUACUUGAACUUGAGGCAGGAACUCCCCUCCAACCUGAAGAGGACAAGCCACCCUUUUCUGGUUGAGAACCAUGGCCUCGGACUUGGAGGAGCUGAUCUUCAUCCCAGCUACUUCACA